AUGGAUGCCUCGCCGUGGCUCAACUCUGCGCCGCGUCUAGCCCGUCCGUCAGAUGCGCCAGGCCUUCUCGGCGCUGCCGCUGCAAUGGACGCCUUGGCUCGGCGCAAUAGGAUGGAGGAGGAGACGCAGCGGCUUCUUAAAGUAAUCUUCGGGGACGCUGACGUGGCUCCCCGCACCUUACGGGAGCGGGACGCCGUCGUCCCUAGAUUUUCCAGGAAGCGCUUCGAGGCACCGUCGCUGCCCGUCGCUUCAAACAACGGAACUUUAGAGCCGUCAAUUAAUUCGGAUCUCCCGGUUCAUGUGGUUAGCGAAUCCGGCAUACAGCAACCAACAAUAGCGCCAUUCACGCCGCAAGAUGCGGGAUUGAUUGAGAGAAAACUGGAGCUUUUGGAACGGAUUCAGCAGCAACGCCUUAAAGAAUUAGAAUGGGAGCUGUUGCAGCAGCAGCAGCAGCAGCAGCAGCAGCAGCAGCAGCCAAUAAAGAGUCCCCAGAUGGGCUUCUUAGCUGAUUUGCACAGUGCGUGCGUGUCGCUUCCUCCAUCUAUUCCGGACUCGUCGUCGAGCGGGAUCGCCGGCGCCUGCAGCGGCGCAACUGGCGGUAUUGCCGCGUGUUCUGCCAGCGGAGGAGGGAACGGGCUGGCCUUUAGGGAGCAUGGCGACGAGGCGACGGCGUACCGAUGGAAUAAUGGCUCGUCGGCAGGCGCAGGCGCGACGGGCUCCCUACUGUCCACGGCAGCUCGCGCCAACGACUACGCAUCCACGCCCGCGCACUCCCUCGCCGCCUCUAUUCCCGCCUCCGCCGUCGCCGCCUCCGCCUCCGCCGCCUCUGUUUCCGCUUCCGCUACCGCUUCCGCCUCCGCCGGUGUUUCUGCCUCGGCGCGAGUGCACGCGCUGCUUGCCUCGCUACAAAACCUCAUUCCCUCCGCGCCGUCCGUGCUCCCCGCCACCAUCGCCAACGGCUCGGGCUCCUCACAUGAGGCCUCAGGCCUAUCGCCAGCGCCGGCAACGCCAACCGCGCCGGCGACCCCAACCGCGCGAGCAGCCGCACAACACAUCCUUCUCCAGCAACAGCAGCAACGGUGGCCAAGGCAGGAGCAGGAGCAGGAGCAGGAGCAGAGCCAGCAGCAGCAGCGGCAGCAGAAACAGCAGAAACAGCAGCAACAGCAGCAGCAGCAGCAGCAGCAGCAGCAGCAGCAGCAGCAGCAGCAGCAGCAGAAACAGCAGCAGCAGCAGCCGCCGCCUGGUUCCAUAUUGGAAGCGCGCGUUCCCAUGUUCUCCAGCCGCUCUCUCGCCCGCAUGCCUCUGCCUCGCUCGUCCCUCUCCCACCACCACCACCCCGCCUCCUCCCUCUCCCUCUCCACCGCCCCUCUCAGCUCCCUCCUAUCUCCUUUCCCAUCCGCUCUCCCUCUUCCCUCGUCUCGCCCCAUGGCUGAGCCUGGUCCCUCCUCCUCCUCCUCUGUUGCCACUGCCACCGCAUUUGAUAGUGCAACGACCUCUGCAGCGCUCCUUCCGUUUGCCCCUGCCAGCCACCUGAGUUUGCAUCCGCACAGACCAGCACUCCCCGCUGCACUAACUGAUGCACCAGUGCUCUCUGCUCUUACAACUCAGCGCAUGGUAGCAGCACCAGUGCUCGCGCCAGUGCUACCUCCCAUACUGCCAGUACCAGUGCCAGCAGCACCAGCCGCAACAGUGCCGAUUUGCACUAUAAGCAGCCGGCACAAAAGACUGCUACGGAACCGGGUGAACGCGCAGCAGGCGAGGGAGAGGAAGCGGUACCGGGCAGCAGCAAUGGAGGAGCGCUGUGAGGCGCUGGCACAGGAGAACAGCCAGCUGGAGGUUGCAAUUGAAGCCGUGACAAAGGAGAAUGAGCGGCUUCGACAGGUGGUUCGCCGGGGUGUGGUGGGUAGGGAGUAG